AUGGGCCCGACGCUGCUCUGCCCCGGCACGCACUCGGCCGAGUGGCACACGACGCUGGAGCGAACAGCGCCGUCGGCGCGCGCGGGCGACGCCGUCCUGGACUCCUUCGGCGCCGCCGCCGUGGCCUGCGAGGCGGGCACGGCGGUGCUGAUGGACUCGCGGCUGCUGCACUGCGGGGGCAGGAACGCGGCCGAGGGCGAGGGCGGCAGGCGCCGGCGCCUGCUGGUGGCCACCUGGCAGCUGCCCGGGAACGCCCCGGUGGGCUCCACCUACUCGAUCCGGGGGGAGCUGGCUGGCCGCCUGCGGCUGCGGCAUUUCCUGGAGGGCGGCGCGGGGCCGCCAGAGGACUUGCUGGCCUGCGGAGCCGGUUGUUUGGGCGACGGCGCCGACCGCGGUUUCGGGAACGCCGCAA